AUGAAAUUCGAGGCAAUGCAUUCAAAAACGGUUUCUUCACACGACGACUAUUUCAUAACGACUAUUUUUUUUUGGCCUAUUUUUUUUUUGGCCUAUUUUAUUUUGGCCUAUUUUUUUUUGGCCUAUUUGUUUUUGGCCUAUUUGUUUUUGGCCUAUUUGUUUUUGGCCUAUUUUUUGCCUAGCCUCAUUCAUGAAGCUGCUGAGAGGACUAAAACCUAA